AUGAAAGCUUUCAAUCUUUUAAGACAUUCAGUUCCUAAACUUCGAGGGACGCUGUUUUACAGAAGCGUACCUGAGGUUCGUCCCCCAGUUUUGUCCCCUACAUCUGAUCCCCCCGCGGUCUUUGAUGGAACCACCAGGUUGUAUAUGAGUUACACUUGUCCCUUUGCUCACCGUGCUUGGAUUACCAGAAAUGUUAAGGGUUUAAAAGAGACGAUUAAGUUGGUUCCCAUUGACCUUAACAACAAGCCUGCUUGGUACAAGGAAAAAGUCUACCCUGACAACAAGGUGCCAGCGCUGGAGCACAAUGGUAAAGUUAUUGGAGAGAGCAUAGAUUUAGUCAAGUACAUUGAUAAGAACUUUGACGGGCCAGCUCUUCUACCUGUGGACCCUGAAAAGCAAGAAUUCACUGAGGAGCUGAUACAGUACAGUGACACAUUCAUGAAAGCAGUUUAUACGGCGUGGAAGGGAGCAGAUCCCAUCACAGAAGCUGGCAGUGCUUUUGAUCACUUGGAAACUGCUCUCCAGAAAUUCGCCGACGGGCCUUUCUUCCUCGGUGAAUCCAUCAGCGUAGCGGACAUUGUUUAUGCACCAUUUAUUGAGAGGUUCCGUGGUUACUUUGGGAAUGAGUUGAAGUAUGAAAUUACAUCCGGCAGGCCUAAUCUCGCGGCUUGGGUGGAAGCCAUGGAGAAGAUUGAUGCUUACACCGAAACCAAAUGUGAUAUUGACGUCUUCAUUCAGCUCAUCAACGCUCACGUUUUGGGUAAAAAAUGA